AUGCAUUCGCUAACUCCAUUGGAUCUUGCCUAUAGUCAAUCAAUGAUCCCUUCGAAUUUGCUCAUAAAUUCACCGUAUUACACCCCACCUCCUAGUACACGAUAUUUAACCCAUCCUAAUAGUCUGAUUCAUCAAGUAUACCAAGAUUCGCCAAAUUCAUCUCCAAGUUCGUCUGGUUCUAGGCUACGCAAACAAAGUAAUCGAAGCAGUCACACGGAUGUAAGCAGUCUACCCUUUUUAGCUCCCUUGAAUAAUACAACCUUAACAUCCGUUAAUUCUUCAAGUUCAUUGCUAAAUUAUAAUACAGAUCAACUUAAUAUUUCUAGAACCAUAAUCUUGAAGAAUAUUUCAGAGGCAGUGACAUUGCAAGAAUUAUUAAAUGAAAUAGAUUUUGGACCUAUUGAAUAUUGCAAAAUGUUUUCAAAAGCUACACCUAAGGGUAUAUUAGCAACUGAUCCAGAUGUAUCUAAUACUUUGCAAGUUUGUCAUAUCUCAUUCAUAAAUUCCAAGAUUUCUGUCAUGUUCCAUUUAAAAUAUGUUAAGAGUGCAACUAAUUUGAAUAGAUUAAAAGAAGCUUUGAAAGAUUCAAAAUAUUUGAAAAUCCAAUUACACGAAGGUCAUAAUUUCAAUAAAGGAUGUACUCCGAAUUCUAGUAAACCAUCUAACAAUCAAGAUUUUGUAAAAUUGAAAACUUUGAAUUAUAUUUUGGAUUAUAAUGCUACAAGAUGUUUAAUUGUUAAAUUUACUAUCAAGGAUAACCUACCCGAAGGAAUAGAUCUGGAAACUAGAUUGGAACAUAUCAUGCAAUUUAUCAAGAACCAAUGUGGCAAGUUUGGGGAAGUUGAAGAUUUUAAAAUUAACCUCAAAUCUGAACCAGAAGAAGGGGAGACAAGAAUUCAUGGGAAAAUAUUGGUUCACUUUUCAUCUAUAGAUUCUGCCAUAAAGGGCUACGAGAAUUAUAAUAGAAGAAUCCAACAAGAUUUGAUAAGAUUGAAGGACAACGAAGAAGGCAAGCCAAAGAAGACAAGUAAUGAAGAAGAUAAAGCAACAAAGAAGAGCAACGGAGAUGGUAAAACGACAAGAAAGAACAAAGAGGGGAAAGCUGGGAGAAAGAAUAACUCCAAGGAUAUAAAUGAAGUGCAUGCAAAAUAUGAUAUCAAGUUUAUCUAUGUCAAUUUCCAUAAAGAUAGAUGUGAUAGAACCUAUGUGGAUGGACAACAUGGGCCACGGCCAAAAGAUAUAUCUCCGGAUUCAACUAGCUCACGCUCGGCUAACAGGAUCAAUAGCAGUACACUAAAAAGAACAUCCGAGGAACCAAGCCCUGCACAUCUGAUGAAAGCUGAAUCGUUAGCCAAUAGCACUGACAUAGACCAAUUUAUUGAUGGCCAAACACAAAAUGGAUUGAGUAUCAUUGACCCAAUAAGUCCAAACUCUUCAAUAGUUGGUGAUACUUCAUUUGAGUCGAUACCUUCUGAUUUGAACGAACUUGAUGAUGAUCGUAAUCUUUCCAAUCGAGAUUUGCAUUCGGUUGUUUCGUCCCAAAUUACUCCUACAUUGAUGCAAUUGCCUCAUAGACCUCUACAAUAUCAUCAUCCAAUGUCGAUGUCAAUGCCAAUGGCCCCACCUAAUACUGCUAGUUCGUUUGUUGGAAAUUAUCCAGCUAAUCCAGAUCCUGCAAAUAUUGGAAAUCGUACCAUUUAUUUAGGAAAUUUACAUUCUAAUACGACGAUCGAGGAGAUUGCUAAUAAUGUUCGAGCAGGUGGUAUCGUGGAAUCAAUUAAGUAUCGUCCAGACAAGAAGGUAUGUUUCAUCACUUUUGUUGAUCCAAAUGUUGCCUUGAAAUUUUAUCUCAGCCAUCAAGCGAUGCAUCAAUUGAUUAUUCAUGGAUAUGAUAUAACUGUGGGUUGGGCAAAACAACAUAGUGGUCCCUUGUAUCGUGAUAUUGCUCUUGCUGUUACUGCAGGUGCAUCUAGAAACGUUUAUAUUGGUAUUAAAGUCAUAAAAGAUCCUGAAGAACGAACAAAGGUCAAGCCUAGACUACCAGAUGAAGACGAGUUACGUAAUGAUUUUCUGAAAUUUGGUGGCAUGGAACAAAUUAAUUUCUAUCAUAAUAAGGAUUGUGGGUUUUUGAAUUUUUUGAAUAUUGCUGAUGCAAUCACCGUGGUUGAAAUUUUCGAUUGUGUCCCAGAAGAUGGUAGGUAUCAGUUACGUAAAUUAUUCAAAGGUAUACAUACUCCAGAAGAAUUAGAUGCAUUCUAUUAUAAAUAUAAAGAUUUCAAGAUUAGUUUUGCAAAAGAUAGAUGUGGAAACCCACCAAAAUUUUCUUUCAAGAAGAGGAUCAAUGGAGCUGCUGGAUCAACUUAUCAGCAAUAUCAGCUGCAAAUACACACACCACAUAGCGGAUCUAGAGCCUCUAGUACAAGGGGUUAUGAAGAAUACCAUAAGCAAACCAGAAUGAGCGAGACUGAAUCAUAUAUGGAGCAGACCAUCAAUGAAGAAACAGCUAUGGUUUUUGGGAUCAUUAAUAACCAGGAAAGGGAGAAAGAGGAACAAGAAGCCAGAAGAAAGAAAGAGGAUGAAGCACAAAAGGAAGCUACUCAAGAAGCAAAAGAUGAAGUUGAUGCCGACAUUGGAGAAGUGCUGGAACAGGUAGCUGGUUUGAAUAUUGAGAAUAAUAAUGGCCAUGAUUAUGACGGAGAUGCCGAUUCCGAGGAAGAUGGAGCUGAUGAAGAUGACGAUGAUGACGUGUCUAUCAUUAUUGAAUCAGAUAGUUCAUUGACCGAAAAAUCUGAUGUGUCUAAAAAGUCAUUUUCCAAGAAGAAGAAUAGCAAGAAACCCAUUUAUGACAAGACAAGAUAUCAAAAGGUUUAUCAUAAAAGAUUCCAUCAGUCUGAUUCUUCACUUCCUAUGCGUAACUCAUUAGGAAGCUCUUCUACCUUGUCCUUGAACAGUAACUUCUUCAAUUUCAAUCAACCAUCAGGUUACAGUACUCCAUCUGCUUAUGGUCAACCGCAACCGUUUUAUUAUGUUCAAACUCAACUUAGUCAUUCCUCCAGCUCAAAAGCAACGUAUUAUCCUCCACCACAGUUUUAUUCAGUUCCGGCGCCGCAAUAUUACGGCAUUCAGGAAGCCUAUGGAGGACAGGCACGAUAUGUUCAUAAUGGGGGAUCCCCACGAACGCAUCAUGGCACGCGAAAAUCAAACAUAACUUCUGGAUCGCAACUUAUGGCACAAUAUUUGGCAAAGUCUCAGAAUGAGGAUAUGUUUUAUACAUCUACCAUAUUGCCUAAUAAUGUUGAGAUUGAUGUUGAUGAAGAUUUCGAUGAAUCGUUUCAAGAACCACCAACUGCAAAUAUUCCUCUUUCUAAUCGUCGCACAAGUAGAAAGUAA